GCAGCAACGACGAUCACGAACGUCGUUGGAAGUCCGUAUCUCGACUUCACUAGGGGAUUAGCACUCCUCUCCGUAGAAUUGGCGUUUUUGAACUACCCUUUGAGUGCAGAGAAAAUCCAGCAUGGUUUGGGUGGAAAAAGUCUGCUGUGCCAAGCAAUGAUCGCAACGGCAGCUGCAGAUCGAGUCAUGAUCAACGCAAGUCCAGCUGAUUCUUUUAUGGCAUCUAUCUCGGAAAAGAUGUGAUUACCGAUUAUUUUCGGUUGUUUUUUAGAUACGAGUAGUUUCCUUCAUCUUUUUUCCUGUAAUCACUCCCACUUUGGUAUCAUCUCCCUUUCAUUUCCCCACCUGGCGGUACUGGUGGUCGCAGUGGCGGCACCCUCGACGAGGCGAGUUUGCCAGGUAUCGAUGAGCAGCUUACCGCUUUCUUCAAUAAAGUCACAGCUGCAGAGACAAGCGGCGACUUCGUUCCCGAGUACUUAGAACUCGCAAGAGGACCCUGCGAGGAGCUCAACAAAUUAGGACAUAGUCUUGGUCUGCCGAUGUUCGUCUUGUGCGUCAGCCGUACGAAGUUACCAGCCAUGCAGCCAGCGAACAGCUCUUUAGACGCACUUAGUGCCAUGGUACAAGCGCUGUCUGCGGACGAAAAAGCGUACAUCGAAACCAUCCAGAACCGGUUGGAGGCCGUGCCUCAGAUUCAGGCGGUGCGCAGGGCUUUGUACGAGCAGAGUAAGGAAUUGGCCAGUUAUGGCUUCUUCUUGCGGGCUUUGCCUCAUCAUGCCUUGAAGUGGGAAGACGACGACGCAGAAAAGACAGAG